CUACAAAUCCGAGGUUCAUUCUCAUACUCGCAAUUUCAGCACGAUUGUACAUCACGUCUUGUUAUCUUAUCUCUCUAUCUCUGAGACUUGGGCCAAACACAUGGUCAUUGGAUAUUUGUAAUACAGCAUUCAUAUCGGGAUAUACUACUUGGUGUUAUCACUGAGAGUUAUUAUUCUAGUUUAUCCUACGGUAAUAUUAUAAAGGUGAAACUAUAGCUUCAUCGCUGCCAGUGAUACUUUGAUAUCAUCAACCAUUACCGACUAUUAGACGACCAUUGUUGGAUUCUUACACCAUUCGUCGACUGGGAACUGGUUUUUACUCAAGUUUUCUGAUUGGAUUCAUCACCGUCGACAAUGAUGACGCGGUUGCCAUGGUUACGAGGGAUAGCGGUGGUAUCCAUGAUACUCCUCUCCAUUAAUCAAGGUUCUGCACAGCAAGCCUUCCAGAUCCAGCCCGACCCCACAUACGAGCGUGUUAUCGGUGAAUCGGUUAUCCUCCUCUGCUCGGUAACCGGCAAGGAAGGAGCUCUGACUUGGGUUAAAGACAGUGCUACGGCCAUCUCAGCAGAUCGAGUCAUCGUCGGAUCUGGUGAUUAUGAGAUCACAGGAGAUGACGCAAGCGGGAGCUAUAAUCUCCUCAUCAUGAAUCUGACUGAGAGUGAUUCUGGGAGCUACAUGUGCAGGGUGUCAGCAGCAGGAUCAAGCUCUGCUCUGAGCUCAUCAGCAGCUCAACUCACCGUCUCACCGAUUCCAGUCCAGGCAUUCAGCACUGGACCCAGCGACACUCCGGCCCUUACCGGUAACUCCGCCACUCUUCUAUGCGUCAUCGAAAACAAAGAGGGCACCGUCGAGUGGCUUAAAGACGGCUCCGUCAUCAGCGAGGACUCCGCGAUCACCGACACCUCUCUCACUCGUUACAGCAUCAUCGGUACGGCGUCGAACGGCGAGUUUAACCUCCAGAUCGUUACUCUUCAAGAAAGCGAUAUGGGGACGUACAGCUGCCGCGUGAGUGCUGCAGGGGACAGCGACGCCAUUGCUUCAGGAAACGCCGAGCUGACUGUUCGAGAUGCAAGUGAAGUCCAGAGCAUUGUGAUCCCACCGUCUGAUGUGACAGCUGUAGUUGGUACAUCGGCUACCAUGGUAUGCUACGUGUCGGCUCUAUCAGGGUCUGUGCUCUGGAUUAAAGAUGGCGUCCAGAUCAGCAGGAAUAGGGAACUAGUCAACGGAGAUGCAAGCGGUCGUCUGUCUAUCCAAGGCACCAAUGAGGAGGGCAAAUAUGAACUGUACAUCAGUAGAGUGGAAGAGAAUGACCAGGCCAUCUAUUUCUGUGUCCUCUCACAGUCGGAGGUAGAUUCCCCCGUGUCUUCAUCGCCUGCAACCCUCACAGUGGAAGCUGCUAUUGAGCCAAACACUAUGUCUCCUGAAUGUUCCUUGACGCCCGCUUCAAUCCUGAGCGAGGGAGACACCGUCACAAUCACGUGCGAGUCAUCAGGGGGAGCCCCCCAGCCCACACUGACCUGGUCAAACGAUCUCGACGCUAACACCUUCUUCGGGAACCAAACCGAAGAUGAUUCCAGCGCGACCAACUCGGUCACUUUGGUAUUGACCACGGAGCUCAGCGGCGCCGUCUAUACAUGCAGGUCUACUCAUCCAGCUUAUACCGAGCCAAAGGAAUGCUCACUUCCGGCACUCCAAUUUGCUCUGAUUGCUACCAUCAAUGUUACUACUGAUACAAGCCGACUUACCAUCGAGGAAGACAAACCUGGUGAGAUCAUAUGCAGUGCUGUAGGUGACCCAGUGGUCCUGGGGUACAGAUGGUACUAUAACGGAGCAGAGAUCGGAAAUGAUGAUGGAAGGUUUGUCAUUGAAACGACCAAUGGAAAGGAUUCAUCUACGCUGACCAUAGGAAGUGCGACACUCAGUAUGGAUGACGCUACCGUGCAGUGUGAGGCAUUCAACCGUAUUGAUCAAAGACGUACAAACAUUGUAUUAACUAUUAAAGAGGAUAAUUUGACGACCUAUGUGCUGGCUGCCCUUGGUCUGAUUGCUACUAUCAUCUUUGUGGCGCUUGUCAUUGGAUUCAUCGUGUGGGUGUGCCAUAGGAUGAACAAGAGGAACAGAACAAUUCACCCUGAUGCUGAAGCUGAUGGCAUGACCAAACAGAUCCCCAACAAGAACUUCUUCAUUGGAGCGACUCACAUGGACAGCAUGCAGAACGGUGGCAUCACGAUGGAUGCUGUGGACGAGAAGAAGAAACACAAGAAACACCGAAAGCACAAGACAGACAAGAAGGACAAGAAGGAGAAGAAGGAUAAGAAACACAGGAAGGAUAAGUCGAAGGUCCUUGAGCAUGAUUCCUCCAGGGCUCCUAACCCCCUAAGCACGCGUGAUGGUGAUCAUGAGGGCCUCCCGACCAUCGCAGGGUACAUCCGACCUAGUGCAGGACGGGACCCAGGAGUCUACCCUACCUACCCACCCAUGUAUCCCAUCGACGGACACUCUCCUCUUCCCCAUUACCAAGAUGGCUACCCACAGGGUGGACCAAGCUCGGGGGACAGGUCAAGCCGAAGGGAUUCAAAGGACAGACCGGUACAGAAUGGAAAGAUCUCACUGUCACCAGGGGAGUAUCAGAAGAGGGAUGAGUACGAGAGGAAGCUGAGAGAGCUCCAGGGGCUCAGGUCUGAUCUGGUCGUGCCGGAGCCAGAGAAGAAGAAGAAGAAACACAGGAAGCAUAAGAAAGAUAAAUCCUAGAAUACAUCAACAUGAGCAAAGUGUAUGAAACAGAUGAACAGCGAUAAUUAUGCUGAGAGGUUUUACAACCGAGUCACAUUCUUGCCAUGUUUGAUAUCACUCCGCUAACGACUGGGGCUACAUUCUGUCACGUGACAUUAUCAUGACGUCAUCAGGUCCGUGUAAAGAGAAGACAGUAUUAUAACCUGAUUAGUACUGGUUUUAUUCUGAACUAAUGAAUAUUCAUCAUCCUGUGCUGGCAAGGUCGAGAGGCUUUCACCUGAUUGGUCUAGAGAUGGAUUAAGAAGCAAUAUUUAUGAACUUUACGACGAACACCAAGAGAGCGUCGCCAUUCAUGACAAAGGGAUGCACGGCGAAUGAAUAUGGAAACCUUGACUGUUGGACAGAGCGAUUAUUUUAUUGUGUAUACUAUUUAGCUACAAGGUUCUUUUUAAUAAAGAAUCGAAGCAGGCUGUCAGCGGCCAGGGGAACUGUCGGCCUACGAGACCGACUGACCAGGAGACCGACACUGUCACACGGUCUAGUGAACACUCAAUUAAGUCUGCAAAAGCCUCGUGAUUUCCGCUCGUUAGUCUAGUAUUAUUAGACUAUAGAGGGAUGCUAAGUCCCCUAGGCUGUCGGUCUCGUGGGCUGUUGGGUCUCGUUGGUAUUCUUUCAGUCUCUUUGGCUGUAGCAAAGCUUUUCAACUCGUUUAUGUAAUGAUUGUGUUUAAGCAGUCUCAUAUUGGACAUGAUUUACUUGUACAGGGGCCAACUAUUAAAGGAGUUUGAUUUUGAGAGUUUGGUUUGUUACCUAGGCAAUAUUUCUUAUCUUUCUUCCUUUUUUUUAGAACAAUAGGUAUUGCAAUGUCUUUCAAUUGUAUUUCAUUUGAUACCGAUUUGUGCAGCUGUCAACUCAGAUUAUUUUCUACUGCUAUUUUUACCUUGGCUGAACAAAUAUGAUCAUUUUAAUAUUGCAUUCGAAAUAUAAUCUAUUGAUGUGUCAAAAUCGAAUUUAAUUAUUGUUUAUAAUUAGGUAAUCACAUGGUUUUAAACAGUUGAUGAAACGAAAGAAAAUACAUCUAGGAGAGAGAAAUAUUCAUUUUGAAAAAUACAGUUAUAUAUUCAAAGACAAAGUAGUAAGUUCGUACAAACUUCGAAAAUCCCAAUUUCUUUCAUUACCACAUUGCUUGUAUCUCGUUUAGUUUUCUUUCCAUAGAGUUACAUAUACGUAUCUGUUUCACAUUCCCGUAUUCUCUUAAAUACUAUAUAUUUAAUGAAUUCGAUUUUAAUAAUCACUAUUAUUAUCUUCAUUUAUGAGUGCUUGAAUACAAAAUAUAAGAUCAAAUUUGGAUAUGCAAAGCGAUAUUUUGAAAUGUUAAAAAUAAAUAAAUAUGCCAUGACUGAUCAAAUUAUA